GUGACUCUCAUCGAAAGAAGCUGUACACUUACGAUGGGCAAGCUUUUGAGUCUUUUGGCUCGAGAUGAGUCUACCUGUUGCACACCUCAGAAGUACGACGUCUUCUUGGAUUUUGAAAAUGCACAACCGUCGGACAUCGAACGUGAAACGUUCGAGGCUGUGCAAAGAGUGCUGAAAAAUUCAGAGUCCAUUUUAGAGGAGAUACAAUGUUAUAAAGGAGCCGGGAAAGAAAUCAGAGAAGCGAUCUCAGCACCCACGGAGGAAUGUCAACGAAAAGCAUACCUAACCGUGGCACCUCUUGUAGCGAAACUCAAACGAUUCUACGAGUUUUCCUUGGAACUCGAAAGGAUUGUACCGAAAAUUCUGGGACAAUUAUGCUCGGGAAAUCUUUCACCGACGCAACAUCUGGAGACGCAGCAGGCACUAGUGAAACAAUUGGCAGAGAUAUUGGAAUUUGUGCUGAAGUUCGACGAGUAUAAAAUGAAAACGCCAGCGAUUCAAAAUGAUUUCAGCUACUAUCGUAGAACAUUGACAAGGGCAUCGCUGACGUGCCAGGACAACGCCGAAAAGGACCUAGUUGUUGGGAAUGAACUCGCUAACCGAAUGUCCUUGUUUUACGCCCACGCGACACCCAUGCUUCGAGUUCUGAGUCACGCGACCAUUACUUUCUUGAUGGACAACGAAGACAUAGCCAGGGAAAACAUUACAGAAACACUUGGUACCAUGGCAAAAGUGUGUCUUCGAAUGUUGGAAAAUCCGAAUUUGUUGGCGCAAUUCCAACGAGAAGAGACUCAGCUCUUCGUCUUGAGGGUUAUGGUAGGUUUGGUGAUUCUCUAUGAUCAUGUACAUCCCCAAGGUGCCUUUGUAAAGGGUUCGAACGUGGAUGUCAAAGGCUGUGUGAAACUAUUAAAGGACCAGCCGCCUUGUAAAAGCGAGGGUCUUCUGAAUGCCCUCCGCUAUACCACGAAACACUUGAACGAGGAGAACACGCCGAAGAAUAUAAAGAAUUUGCUCGCCGCAUGAUUACCGAAGCAACGUGGUUGCUGUAUCAGAAGCUGAGACUGCCGACCGCACUUCCUUACAGAUACUUUUCGAGCGGUAUCAUUUCGAAGGACCGUCUUUGUUAUAGGUCCGCGCUUAAAGUGCAGCCUGCGUCAGGCUUCUUUCUUGCAUGCGUCUGGCAAACAGUGGACCACACGCGUGUCCUCGAUAUAGCUCUAUGUCGAAAGCUGCCCGAAAACUGCCGAGACAGUUGAAGUCUUCGAACAACAAUUAUUAAGUCACACGACAGCGUAACGAUUGAUUUUGACAGAACGAUUAUUGCGCGUUUCUUUUAUUUUCUUACUGUUUUCUGAGGAGUACACAUAUUGCGAUUAUUAUUUUUUUCUAUUCUAAAAAAAUUAUUGCUGAUAUUGCUAUUAAACGUUGCGAAGCAACUAUUGCCGAGGCAUUGUCGAAUUUCGGCAAAACUUCCACGCUUUAUUCAUCAUUUUGAUUACAUUCGUUGACAUUAAUAUUUUCCAAUAGCGAAUCCCUCAGGACCUCAGUUUGCAGAAUCUUCCAACGACAAAGAAAGUUAGAUAGAAGCUACAAUAGAUUUUUAUGAUAACAGAUUGUUCCCCGUAGUAAUGUUUUCCCUUGGUACAGUGUUCCAACCAAAAUCAUCUACUGACAUGAUUUCCGGCCGAAUGGGAUAAAAAGUUAAUUAGAGCAUAUCAUAGUGUAUUUAAGAUAACGUGGAUUACGGAAGUGUUACGAAGAGAGCUUUAAUCACGUUAUGGAUAUUAUGGAGAUUUUUAGCUCUUGUUUUCUUUGUUGAAUGGCGGGCGAGAGGGUGGAUUGUGAAACUGUGAACUGCAGAGUCGAAUAUUGCCGAAUCACCGAGUAUAAUCGAUAAUUUUACCGGUGUACCAAUAUUUGAAAAGUAUUAAAUAUUAUAUUUGUACGUGAUUUUUUUGGAUGAAUUGAAAUCUAAAGUCAUUUUGUAAUCUUUUCGUAUACACGCGAUCGAAAUUAUAAUAAGGAAACCAAAGAUGCUUUUAGUGUAUAGUAUAAAGCUA